AUGGAGAGCCAACGGUCGCAUAAGAUAGGACUUGACAGCUUUAUAAUUGGGGAACAAUUGGGAGAAGGCGCGUACUCCAAAGUGUAUAUCUGCAAAAAGAAAGACGAUAACCAGCUGUACGCUGUGAAGAUCGUUAACAAGAACUUUAUCCAAAAGGAAGGAAAAGUCAGGUCCGUAAUGGCCGAACGUGACGCAUUGCUCCGUUUUAAGCAUCCGUUCUUCACCCGACUUCACUACUCUUUUCAAGACCCCGAGAAUCUUUAUUUCGUCGUUCAGUAUUGCUCAGGAGGGGAUUUAGCAACGAUGAUCAAGUCGUUCUUCCCUUUUUUUUUCUAUCUCCAAGAGACUAUCGGAACAAGGGACAGCGCUGCCCCCUUCCCAUCGUCCAGUUUUACGCCGCGGAAGUAA